GUUCAAUAUUUUCUCGACUGCCAAAGAGAAAGUCAGCACAGUCGCUAUCCAGUUGUUCUACUGCAAAGAAUGCACUCUCUCCAUCGUCGCAGUCGUUGUUGCAUCUAAUUGCGGGAUUAUUAUCAUCGACUGGUGGCUCUAGAUACUUUUGUGUUGGGCAGGGGGUUUCUCUCUUAGCAGUUGUAGUUUUGUUUUGGUUUGAAAUUCGCCCAGUUCACCUGUUAUAUCCGCCAUGCCCCGUGCUGCUGCGUUUGGACGGAUUUCUUUCUCGGCGAUUCUGGUCGCUGUCAUCUUUGUUUCCUGUUUAGUUUGCUUUCUACUUCAAGACGCUUUCGUUUACACCCAGCCACACCACCGAAUUUUUCGGCUGAGCAAUAGCCUUGUGGCGGAUGCAACAGAGUUGGACGCUGCUACUAUUCCAGUUGAGAAAGUGGUGGCGACAACCAAAACAGACCAGAUAGUUUCGUCGUCAAACAGCCUAAUCGCAGAUAAUCGGGUUGGCGGAGCCGAUCUGUUCCAUAAAGUGCGUAUCUUGUGCUGGAUCUUGACGACACCUGAAAACCACCAAAAAAGAGCCAUGGCAGUCAAAAAUACCUGGGGGAAACGUUGCAACGUUUUACUCUUCAUGAGCUCAGAAGAUGAUCCUAGUCUACCGUCCAUCAAAUUGCCUGUAAUCGAAGGGCGGAAUCAACUUUGGGGUAAGACCAGAGAGGCCUUCCGCCACAUAUGGAACAACUACAAGGAUCAAGCGGAUUGGUUCUUCAAAGCCGACGAUGACACGUAUGCCAUUCUGGAAAAUUUGCGAUAUUUCUUGUCGUCUUACAACACGUCAAAGCCUUUAUGGUUCGGCCAUAAAUUCAAGACCAUCGUCAAGCAAGGUUAUUUCAGCGGUGGCGCAGGAUACGUCCUGAGUAAAGAAGCUACCAGAAGGUUCGUCGAAGAAGGCUACUACAACAUAUUACUGUGCCGGCACGAUCACGAAGGAGCCGAAGACGCAGAAAUGGGGAAAUGUAUGAGUCGACUCAACGUUUCGGCCAUGGACACCAGAGACUCCCAAGGUAGAGGCAGGUUUUUCCCAUUCUUCCCUGAGCAGCACAUCUUUCCUGGGAAAGUAACCAAAGACUAUUGGUACUGGCAAGCCAUUUACUACCCCGCAAAAGAGGGACUGGAAUGUUGUUCAGACAGUGCAAUCUCUUUCCACUACGUCAAACCUGAACAAAUGUUUCUCCUGGAAUAUCUGAUUUAUCGGCUCAGGCCGUUCGGAUUGGGGGCGGAAGACCGGCCUGCCACUGCUGAACCACCACCGGAUUUAGAUCUGACUGCGAUGCCUUGGUUUGUUACAGAGAAACAAUUGGAAGGCAAUUCGGCAGCUGGUGGUAACAUGAUGGAAUCUACCACCAUCAGCUCUACGACUACCGUGAAGACCAAUCGAUACACGAUGAAAAAUUACACGGAGCGAUUAAACGAACUCAUCAAACAAACUGAAAGAGCCAGAAAGUUAAAGAUAACGUAAUCAACACAUCCUAUUAUUUUGCACGAUUCGCCACACACUUUAAAUAAAUAUCUCUGUUGCCCGUGAUAAUACAUUUUUACCGAAUGUCCCGUUCUCAUUCGACCGAUUUCAAAA